UAUUGCUAACAACAAAGAACGGAUCGUAAAUUUCUUUUCAGGUUUAUUUUUCUUUUGGUAUUUCUUAUUAUUGAUUUUAUGAGCUGUUUGAAGCAUCUGGUAAUCUCUGAGAUAUUUUUCUGGCCUUCUGUUUACGGGUAAUUUAAAACCUGAACAGAACUCAGCUGAAAUUUAGUCCAAUUUUAAAUGUCUACAGUUGACCUCCUAGCUGAUACAGCUUUGGAUCUGCAUCAUAUGAUUUAAAUCUUCAGCUAUCGGCUGUUACCCUACGGUGUGUUUCGUUUCUAGAUUUUGUUUUCUGAGUGUUUAUGUGAACGGAAUUCCCCCCUCUCAGGAGCGAGGAGUGAUUGAUUGUUCGCAAAGAUGAUGGAGUCAUGUUUUACUGGGAUACCGAAGAGAGUCGGACCAGUGUUGGUGGAGGACAUCAAAAGAAACCUGCUGGGUGAAUUAGAGGCUGUGGAACCACAGACGGAGAACCUGCAUGUGUACCUUAGAGUUCGGCCUUUUACUGCAACUGAAAGCGACAGCGGAGAAUCCCAGGACUGUGUGACCAUUGAGGGCUCCAACUCUGUGGUCCUCAGAGCUCCCAGGUUCUGUCAGCCGAAUCGGCAGGGUGACAAGUCUCUCCCUCAGACUGCUCAGAGGUUCACCUUCACACAGGUGUUUGGCCCCGAAGCCAGUCAGAGGACUGUGUUUGAAGGUUCAGUUCGUGGUUUGAUCCAGGAUACUCUGCAGGGAGGAAACUGUCUGGUGUUCACUUAUGGAGUCACCAAUGCUGGAAAAACCUUCACCUUCCUCGGACCAGACCACAACUCUGGGCUGCUUCCCAGGUCUCUAGCAGUCAUCUUUAACACCAUAAAGGGACAUUUGUACAGCCGCAGAGAUCUGAAGCCUCAGCGGUGCAGAGACUUCAGCAGACUUACCCCCGAUCAGCAGGCAGCAGAGAUCAGCACCAAGAAGAACCUUCUGAGGCUGCUGAAAGAGAGCGACAAGAGUCUGACGACUGGGAAAUCAGCUUCACUUGAAGGCUCCUCCGUCGGCAGCGAUGGUAGCAUGAGCAGCGUUGCUGAGGCAGACAACUUCUGUCUGGAUAUUCCGUCAACUAUUCGCUUCUCUGUUUGGGUCUCAUUCUGUGAAAUCUACAAUGAGAACAUCCACGAUCUACUGGAACAGGUUCCCAGCGGACAACACAAGAGGACGGUGCUGCGUCUGUCCCAGGACGUUAAAGGGAACUCCUUCAUAAAAGACCUGCGUUGGAUCCAGGUGAACAGCUCAGAGGAGGCAUACAAAGUAAUGAAGAUUGGGAAGAGGAACCAGAGUCUAUCUUCUACCAGACUGAACAAUCUGUCUAGCAGAAGCCACAGCAUCUUCUCCAUCAGGAUCCUCCGGAUUGAUGAUGUUGGAGUUCCCAGAGUCCUCGGCGUCAGCGAGCUGGCUCUUUGCGACCUGGCUGGCUCCGAACGCUGUUCUCGCACCCACAACACUGGAGAGCGCCUAAAAGAGGCGGGAAACAUCAACAGUUCCCUGCUGACGCUGGGGAAGUGCAUCAACGCCAUGAAGCUCAACCAGAAUGCCAAGUUACAGCAUCACGUUCCCUUCAGGGAGUCCAAACUCACCCACUUCCUACAGUUCUUCUUCUGUGUUUCUGGCCGCGUGUCCAUGGUGGUCAACAUAAACCAGAACUCCUCCUGUUUUGACGAGACGCUCAACGUCCUCAAAUUCUCCGCCCUGGCUCAGAAGGUGGUGACGGUUACCUCCCAGCCUGUUGCCCUGGACAACAGCGCCUGCCACAAGUCGGCAAUGGAGCUGUCUCUCAUCAUCAAUGAAGCUGACCAGCGCAGAAACAUGCUGAACCAGGGCAGGAGGAGCUCGCUUGUUGCCUGGGAGACGAGCCUGGAAGAUGUCCUGGAGGCUGAAGACCAUGAGGAGUGGGAGGAAGAGGAAGAAAGUGUGAUGGAGGGAACAGUGCUGGAGACUGGAGGGGAGGAGGAUGGGGACCAGACUAUGGAGGAGGAAGUGGUGAAGGAGGCGGCACUCCGUUUGGUUCUGGAAGCUCAAAUCAGAGAAGAAGUCAGCUCUGAGUUCAUGGAGCUGUUCAACAAGAUGGAAAAAGAUUACAGCGAGCGUCUGGAGAAGGAGAGGGAGAUCUUGGAGGAGCGCGCUGAGAAGAGGAUGGAGAUCCUAAAAAACCUUGUCGGUAAAACAGUCGACCUGACCACAUCCAGCAAUGAUGGCUGCAUGGAGGCAGCGGAUUUGGGGGGAAUCAUCAGCUCCAUGACUGAAGACCUGAAGAAGAUCAGAGAUGAUGCUCAGAGCGUCCAACAUUGUCUGUCUGAACAGACACACUCUGCAGAGUUGGAGGAGCUGCGGUUAGAGAAGCUGCAGUCUCAUGAGCAGUUGCAGGAAGCCAUGAAGAGUCUGGAGCAGCAGCAAAGGUUCUCAGAACUGUCAGAAAUCUGUGAGCAGAAAGAUGACAUCAGUAAACUCCAGGAAGACCUGAGGAACACCACACAAGACAGACCGGCCACCUGUACCUGUGGGAGGAGGACCAGAGAGGACCAGAGAGCAGAGGAAGAGAGGAAGAAGAGCUGUAAGCGCCAACGAGAUGACGCAGAGGGGCAGGGAGGAGGAGCAGUCAAGAAGAGAGUCCUGGAAGAAGAAAUCUGGAGGCUGCAGGAGGAAAAUGACAAGAAAGAUGAGACAAUCAGUGAGCUGAGGAAGGGGUUGGAAGAGCUGAAGAACGACAACCUGGAGUUGGAAAAGAAGGUUCAGGAGCUGACAGAUCUUGAUGAGUGUCUGAACUGUGGCUCCGUACUUUCGUCUCUGGAGGUGGAGAAGAAGGAAACAGCCAGGCUAAAGAAGGAGAACAAAGCUCUUGUGAACGGCAUCUUCCAGCUCCAGACUGAGGUAACUGCCCUGGAGAUGCAGCUCAAACAGCAGACUGACACGUGCAACAGCCAGUCAAAGCAACUAGACUUUACUAAGUUGCGCAUUCAGUACCUGGAGAACCAAUUAGAGGAGAGUUUUUCCUCAAUUAAGAGUCUCACAGAAGAAGUGGUGUGUCUGAGACAGGAAGUCAAGCAGGAGGAACAGAGCAGCAGCAUCAAUGUAGUUGCCAUGGAGGAGCAAAAGAAGAAGAGUGAAGCAGCGGAGCAGAGGUCUGCUCACAUCUCCCAACAGAUGGAAGAGCUGCAGCGAGAGAAGAGGCAACUGGAAGAGCAGCUGGCUCUCAGCAACAGCAGCUGUGUGGAGCUCAAGCAGGAGUUGGAAAAUCAGAGAGCAGAAUUGAGCCAGCAACUGCAGAAUCUAAGGGCAGAGCUAGAGUCAGAGGGUGGAGCUCUGCAGUACAGACUGGAGGAUGAGGUGGCAGGACUGCAGCGAGUCAUGCUGGAGAAGGAGCAACUACUGGAGGACAGCCGACAGCAGGCAGAGACUCUGAGGCGAGAGCUGCAGUGUUUGAAGGAGAAACUGCACAGGAGGGUUGAAGAGGAGGAGAAGGAGAAUCAGAGUGGGAGGAGGCAAGGGAGGAGGAGAAGGGAGCAGAGGGAGAAUUUGCACAGAGAUGCUCAGGAUGUCUGUGCUUCUCCUUUGCGGUCCACCAUGGCUGACAGGAAGAAGCUCUCCAAGACAGUGAAGAGGAAAAGGAAGAGCAGUGAGGUAGAGGGUUUGGUGUUCAGUGAAAACAAGAGGAACAGAGUUAAAGAGAAAGCUUGCAGCAACAAACUAGAGAUUGAAGAACUGAUCCAGAACUCUCCAUCCAUUCGCCACAGCAAAGAACUGAUUUCAGGUGAAGUAGUGAUUCUUGGACAUGAACACCAGUUUCCUGUCCCUGGAGCUGAUCCUGCCUCGUUCAUGGAGGCCGUCACUACGGCAACCAAACCCCGGCGAGGACGAAAGAAGCUGUUUAAGCUGGAUGUCUCAUCUCCGCUGCUGGACUCUCCGCACACCAUGCCAGGUGGAAAUGAGGAAAACAAAGAGAGCGAUCACCUGAUCAUCAGAAGACAUCUGCGCUCCAACCGUAGAAAGUGACCUUUGCUGCCAGGUUCUGAUUCUUGGACUUUUUAUGUUUGAUAUGAAAAUUGAUUGCUGUAAGUGAUGCAACUAUGCUCAGAACCAGUUAUAGUAAGAAUACCUGAGAAGAUGGAUGUCAUUAAAGGUUCUUCAUUCUGGCAUUUGUGAUUACA